UUCUGGGAUCCCCAAGCACUUUUCUGUCCGUGCUGCUGGAAGGUGGGGUCCAGAGCCCGGGAAAUAUGCUCCUUUGCUUGUCCCCUGCGUGGCUGAUGAAGGUGCCAGCACCCGGGCAGCCGGGUGAGGCAGCCCUGCUGGUCUCCAAGGCUGUGAGCUUCCACCCAGGGGGUCUGACGUUCCUAGAUGAGUUUGUCCCUCCACGCCGUGCAACCUACUUUCUGGCAGGCAUGGGACAGGGGCCUGGCCGGGGCAGGGAGGCUGCAGAACUUGCCCGUGACCUGACCUGCCCCACAGGAGCUUCGGCCGAGCUGGCCCGGCUGCUGGAGGACCGGCUGCUGACCAGGCAGUUGUUGGCCCAACAGGGCAGUGUGACAGUGCCAGCUACCCUGGCUUUUACCUACAAGCCGCUGGGGCUGCUGCAGGAAGGGGACACCAGCCCAGGCCUACGAUUGGUGGAGCUGAGUGGCAAAGAGGGCCAGGAAACACUGGUGAAAGAGGAAGUAGGGGCCUUUCUGCACUCUGAGGCCCUGGGUGAUAUCCUGCAGGUGGCUGUGAAGCCCAGUGGCUGGCGCUGGCGGGGGCGGCAGGCAUUGCAUCUGCACCAGCGGGUGGAGCCGGGAGCAGUGGUGGACACUGUGUUGGCAUUGCUGGAGCAGCUGGAGGAGGAAGAGAGCAUCCUGGUAGAGGCUGUGUGCCCACCUGCCCAGCUGCCCUUCCCAGGCAGCCUCUUACCUGGGCCUGAGAUGGCUGUGCGUAUCUGUGCCGUGGUGUGUCGGACACAGGGCGACAGACCCCUGCUAAGCAAGGUGGUGUGCAGUGUGGGCCGCGGGGACAGGCCACUGCGACACCAGAACUCCCUGCCGAGGACAUUGGAGGUGGCGCUGGCCCAGUGCGGCCUAGGCGAGGCAGCGCAGGUGGCGGUCUUGAGGCAGCGCGUCAAGGCGGCGGCCGAAGACGCGCUGGCCGCCGUGCUGGCCCUGGAGGCUGGCCUGAGUGCCGAGCAGCGAGGCGGGCGCUGGGCUCGCACUGACUUCCUUGGCGUGGACUUCGCGCUGACAGUCGCCGGCCGCGCCCUGACUCCCGUGGCCCUGGAGCUGAACAGCGGCCUGUGCUUGGAGGCGUGCAGCGCGCUCGAGGGGCUGUGGGCCGCGGGACGCCUGGGACCGGCGGCUGACGAUGCAGCAGCCGCGCCGCUGGUGGAGACCAUGCUCCGGCGCUCGGCGCGCUACCUCAUGGAGGGCAAGCAGCUGUUGGUGAUCGGCGCAGGCGGAGUCAGCAAAAAGUUCGUGUGGGAGGCGGCGCGCGACUACGGGCUCAAGCUGCACCUGGUGGAGUCAGACCCCAACCACUUUGCUUCCCAGCUGGUGCAGACCUUCAUCCACUUCGACUUGACGGAGCACCGGAGGGAUGAGGAGAAUGCAAGGCUGUUGGCUGAGCUGGUUCGGGCGCGUGGCCUGCAGCUGGAUGGCUGUUUCUCUUAUUGGGAUGACUGCCUGGUGCUCACAGCCCUGCUCUGCCAAGAGCUGGGUCUGCCCUGCAACCCCCCAGCUGCCAUGCGCCUGGCCAAGCAAAAGAGCUGCACCCAGCUGCACCUGUUAGACUGCCACGGCCCACCCUGGCCUGCACCCUCCCUUCAUGCUGUGGCCUGCUGCCCGCUGGAGAGUGAAGCUGACAUGGAGAGGGCCGUCCACCAGGUUCCCCUGCCAGGUGUCAUGAAGCUGGAGUUUGGGGCAGGUGCAGUGGGAGUGAGGCUGGUGGAGGAUGCACCACAGUGCCAUGAACACUUUUCCAAGAUCGCCCGAGACUUGCAGGGUGAGGCCGACCACCCAGGCAUUGGGCUGGGCUGGGGCAAUGCCAUGCUUCUAAUGGAAUAUGUGGAGGGCACUGAACACGAUGUGGACCUGGUGUUGUUUGGUGGGCGGCUGCUGGCUGCCUUUGUCUCUGACAAUGGCCCCACAAGGCUGCCUGGCUUCACUGAGACAGCUGCCUGCAUGCCUACUGGGCUGGCACCAGAGCAGGAGGCGCAGAUGGUGCAGGCAGCCUACCGCUGUUGCCUGGGCUGUGGGCUGCUUGAUGGGGUCUUCAACGUGGAGCUCAAGCUGACAGGGGCUGGGCCUCGGCUCAUCGAGAUCAACCCCCGCAUGGGCGGCUUCUACCUGCGCGACUGGAUUCUGGAGCUCUAUGGUGUGGAUCUGCUGCUGGCUGCUGCUAUGGUGGCCUGUGGCCUGCGGCCAGCCCUGCCCACCCAUCCACGUCCCCGUGGCCACCUGGUAGGUGUCAUGUGCCUGGUGUCCCAGCACCUGCAGGCCCUGACUUCCACUGCCAGCCGUGAGACCCUGCAGGCCCUGCACGACCAGGGCCUGCUGCGUCUCAAUAUGCUAGAGGAGGCCCUGGUGCCUAGAGAGUAUGAGGAACCCUACUGCAGCGUGGCAUGUGCUGGGCCUAACCCUGCUGAGGCCCGCCUCCGCCUGCUGGGCCUCUGCCAGGGCCUGGGCAUUGAUGGGCCCAACUACCCUGUUGCCCACUUCUUGUCUCACUUCAAAUAACACUGGGGCCAGGAGGCAGGGGUGCAGUGCCAGGAAAGGGCUGUGAUGCCCUCUGCUCCUUGUGCUUUCCCUAGCCCUAGUCUGGCCCACUCUGACACUUCAGAUAUGUUCCAGAGCAGCAGGUCCAUUUGGCACCAAGGGUUCCUGGAUGCCAAGACCACAAAAGCAAGUAUUGGGGGACUGCUAGGGGCUCCAGUCCAGCACAUAGCUUCACCAGGAGUCUAGCCUGGGAGAAGUGACAGCAUCUAUACAUGCACUGCCUCUACCUCCCCAGAUGGAAGUGGGCCAAAACCCAGCCACUCUGCCCAUCUCUCUAGGUCUGUUUCUCUUCCUGCUGCCUACCAGAGGGGAGAGCCUGGCUGGGCCCCUGGCCUUGGACAAAUCCCAGGAAAACUGGAAACUAAAGACCCUGUCCUUCUCUUACCCAAGUUCCAGAAUAGUU